AUGACUUCCGGCUGUGGCGUGGGGCGCUUGAAUUGGGUGAAAGGUGAAGAAGACGACCUGCAGCCAAUUUGUGCACAAACUGUGAUCGCUUCUUCUACAUUUCAACUCACCUGAGCCCCACCAUGCUCCAGAACACAGGGAAGCUAGCUGGCUGCACGCUCUUCAUCACCGGAGCGAGUCGAGGAAUCGGGAAGGCCAUAGCUCUGAAAGCUGCCAGAGAUGGUGCCAACAUUGUGAUUGCUGCCAAAACUGCUGAGCCCCACCCCAAACUGCCCGGGACCAUCUACACCGCAGCACAGGAGGUGGAGGCAGCGGGCGGAAAGGCAUUGCCAUGCGUGGUGGACAUUCGUGAUGAGCAGCAGAUCGGAGAUGCUGUUCAGAAAGCCGUUGACGCAUUUGGAGGUAUCGACAUCUUGGUGAACAAUGCAAGUGCCAUCAGUCUGACGGGAACUCUGGAGACGCAGAUGAAAAAGGUCGACCUGAUGCUGGGAAUCAACCUGAGAGGAACUUACCUGACGUCUAAGCUGGUCAUCCCUCACCUGCUGAAGAGUCGGAAUCCUCACAUCCUGAACCUGUCGCCGCCUCUCAACCUGAACCCCGUCUGGUUCAAGAACCACACUGCCUACACAAUGGCGAAGUAUGGCAUGUCCAUGUGCGUACUGGGAAUGGCUGAAGAGUUCAGAGGUCAAAUUGCCGUCAACGCCCUCUGGCCGAGGACGGCGAUUCAGACAGCAGCUAUGGACAUGCUGGGGGGAGAGGGUGUCAGUAAACAGUGUCGGAAAGCCGACAUCAUAGCGGACGCUGCCUACGCCAUCCUGUCCCGUCCAAAAGAUUACACGGGUCACUUCCUGGUGGAUGAGGAGUUCCUCAGAGAGCAGGGCGUCAAAGACUUCGACCAGUACGCUGUCCAGCCGGGUCACCCUCUGCUGCCAGACUUCUUCCUGGAUGAGACUCCAGAGUCACUGGUGGAGAAGAUGGAGCAGCACGGGGCAACGCCAGCCUUUAAACCACCAUCCUCAUCAUCAGCCACGCCCACCUCUGGAGGCCCAGUGGAAACCACGUUUGAUGUCAUCAAAGGAGUCAUUAAUGAAGACGUUGUCAAGUCUAUUCAGGGCAUCUAUCAGUUUGACCUGUCAGGAGAGCACACUGGCGUUUGGUUUCUGGACUUGAAGACUGGCUCGGGCAGUGUGGGGCAGGGCGAGCCCCCCGCCAAAGCUGACGUUGUCAUGAAAAUGGACUCCAGUGACUUCAGCAAGAUGUUUUCAGGGAAACUGAAGCCCACGAUGGCAUUUAUGUCAGGGAAGCUGAAGAUCAAAGGAGACAUGACGCUGGCGAUCAAGUUGGAGAAACUCAUGAAUCGCAUGAACAAGGCCAAACUGUGAAACUGAAGCCCCACCCACAUGUAUACAGGCCCCACCCUCUUGCUCUUUGUUCCUGUACAUGUUGCCUUAAUAAUAAAAACACAUUAACACCUCAAUAAAGCAACCUUAAUAACAUCCAGGGUGUGUACAAUACCUUCCUUCAGCUGAGUUCAGACAGCCAAUCAGAAACCAAUGUCCACUAUAGUCUCUAGCAGUGACUCAGCCCCACGUUAAAAUGCCCAGCUUUACAGCAGAAAUAAACGUGUUUACAGCCUGAUACAGAGACUGAUUUGAUCUAUUCCCCUCGAUAACAGCUGUUAUGACAGCAGCAGGAAAGUACAGCCAGAUAUCAGACACCAGUACUGCUGCAGUGUUACUGUUGCUGGAGUGCAUGCAGGGGAUUAACGCAGUACUGACUAUUUUUAAUAGUUCUGUGUCUUUCACGUUUUGAAGUGAAAUGUGUUUUCUGUUUUCAUAUCAGUAGUUAUAAACACUAACAGAUGAUCAGAUUUUAAUUGCAAAAAAUGAAAUAAAUACAGAUGGGUGUAAGUUGCUGAUUAUUAAUGCGCCAACUAAAAGUUUCCUUCAGCAUUAAUUGAUGGAUGUGUGUCUUUGGUUUGACCUUGUUUAAUCCUGAAUAAGGUCUUAUGUGGAUCUGUAAAAUUAUGAGUAGCUUUGAUACUAUUUACUAUUUUAUUUAGAUUCAUUUCCAGUUUUGAUUUACUGCUAAUAAAUCAGUUUGGGAUCUGCUUACCUGGUUGAGCAGAUGGCCCAUGUUGGGUUUAAGUACAACCCUAA